AUGACCACCCUCUCUCCCGAAAACAGUCUCUCUGCCAGGCAGUCGGCCUCCUUCAUCCUGGGCCUGCACCCCACGGUGAGGACAGAAGCCUGGAAGUUCCUCACGGGCUACUACUCGUGGCAGAGUUCCCAGGAUGAGCGGCUCACGGUGGAUAGCACAAGGAGGAAGAAUUAUGAGGCCUUAUGCCAGAUGUACCAAAAGAUUCAGCCCCUUCUGGAAAACCUGCACCGGAACUUCAUAGAGACUCGGAACAAUAUCACAUACGACAUUAAAAAACUCUAUGACAAAGACCCCCUGGGCAACGUCCUCAUCGAUAAGAAGAGGCUGGAGAAGAUCCUGCUCCUGAGUUAUGUCUGCAACACUCAAGCAGAGUACCAGCAGGGCUUCCAUGAGAUGGUGAUGAUUUUCCAGCUGAUGGUAGAACAUGACCAUGAGACCUUCUGGCUUUUCCAGUUCUUCCUACAGAAAACGGAGCACAGCUGUGUCAUCAACAUCGGGGUAGGCAAGAACCUCGACAUGCUCAACACCCUGAUCAACUUCCUGGAUCCCGUGUUCGCUGAGCACUUAAAAGGGAAGGGUGCGGGGGCUGUGCCAUCCCUCUUCCCCUGGUUCUGCCUCUGCUUUCAACGUGCCUUCAAGACCUUCGACGACGUCUGGAGGCUCUGGGAGGUGCUGCUCACAGGGAAACCCUGCAGGAACUUCCAGGUGCUGGUGGCCUACAGCAUGCUGCAGAUGGUGCGCCAGCAGGUGCUACAGGAAAGCAUGACGGGCGACGACAUCCUCCUGGCCUGCAACAACCUCAUUGACCUCGAUGCCGACGAGCUGAUCUCCGCUGCCUGCAUAGUUUACGCUGAGCUCAUCCAGAAGGAUGUUCCUCAGUCGUUAAAGGAUUUCUUUCUCUGA